CUGCUGUAUUUUGACUUCAUGUGUAGUGUGCAGUAGCUCUCAUUUUGAUAACAAAAUGUCGGAAUUCGGACGGUUUAAUCGACAUAAAUGUGGAGUGUAAGACAUUUUAAUGGAAAACGCGCCUCAAUCUGUGAGCCCGCAUAUUCAGCGGGUUCUAAAAAGUUUUCAAACUUCGGCUAAUCGGACGUUACAGGGUCCUGGAGUGGUUAAUUUGCCGAAUGCACAUGAUCGAGUUCAGGCUCAGCAAAUGGCGAAACUUUCUAGUGAGGAAUACACACGUAAAGCGUUUGAGGUUCAAAGUAAUAUGAGUAAGGAAUUUGAGUACAUGUACCAAUUAAAGUGUCGCGUUCAGCAAAUACCUGUGUUUACACCUGCGGAUAGUGGCAGCAGCGAGAAGUCGGAGACUUUGUUGGAAAAUGAGAAGAUAGCAUGCUUUUUAGUAGGGGGUGAGAAAAGAUUAUGUCUCCCACAGAUUUUAAACACAGUGCUAAAGCAUUCUGAACUUUCAGAAAUUAACACAGCGUGCGAUGAUCUACACAUAUUUUGCUCGCGAUGUCAGCCAGAGCAGUUGGAAAUUCUAAAGCGGUCAGGGGACUUACCGAUGACCGCCCCAAGUUGUGGACUGAUUACAAAAACAGACGCUGAGCGCCUGUGUAACGCUCUCCUUCGUUCAACGGAAGAACCACCUCUGUCCCAUCCCUCUCCUAACAGCUUCAAAGUGUAUCAUGAGUGCUUUGGCAAAUGUAAAGGGAAUUUUAAUACGGAUGCUUAUACGUCCCCUCAUGCUAACUGUAUUCAGUGCACCGACUGUGGAAGAUGGCUUACUCCACAACAGUUUGUGCGUCAUUCACAUAAAUCUCUGGAAAACCGAACAUGCCAUUGGGGCUUUGACUCAGCCAAUUGGCGACAUUAUGUUCUCUUGGCGAAACAUCAGCCUGGAAUUGACAAAUUGCAAGAAGUGCUUGAGUCGAUAAAGGCUCGAUUUGAUGGCUCCAACAAAUAUAAAAGGAAACAGGGUUCAGACGUAUUGUUACAAGAUGGCGCGAAGCGAAGCAAGAGCGAUGGAUCCUCCUCGUCCUCCCCUGAUGCAUCAUGGGAAACUGGGAGCUCGUCGCUACGGGCGAUGAUGUCAGCGUUCCAACCCUGGUCUGCAAAAGACGGGAAAAUGUUGCCGACCCCCCCUGCUAUCAUGAGAGAAGGGAUUGCUGACAUCGCCCCGUCAUACCUCCGCUCCGGCCCGCCCGUGCUGCUCCAUCCAGACAAAGUCGUGCCACACUCAGAGUCAUCACGGUAUGAGCCCAACUAUGCCCCAAAUGUGUCCCUGGCACCUGUACAGAAAUGUAAGGGCGAGGAUGACGAGGAAGACACGCUCGAGCCCGAGUCAGAGAAGAAGCCAGGGAGCCCAGCUCAUGUGGACCCAGUAGAGCCCGGGCCAUCAAAGCCGUACCGGGAGUGGGACCUGUCUGAGAGUGAUGACUCCUCUGUAGGCCAAUCAUCGCCCUCACAUGGGGAAGACUCCCGACUUUCGCCAACAACUGAAAACCAGCGGGCCCUUGAAAUCGAACUGGAAAUGAUUCGUCAGGCGCUCGAUGGAAAAAUUGGCAAUGAAAAAGAGGAAAAAGACCGAUUUCUGCACGAGUUUUGUAAACUGCGUGCAAAACACCAAGAACUCCUCAAUAGAAAUAUCCAAGCUCGCAGAAAUUUGAAACAGGAACUGGCGAGUGCUAAAGCGAACACCAAGGAGCGCCUACUUGAAGUCCACGAGCGAAACCAUGCUGUUGAACUGGAACUAACUAAGGUGCGCCGGGAGUCCGAGUGUCGUCUCAAAGAAGUUCAGGAUGAGAAUUCCAAGCUUCUCAAUGACGUCAAGCUUCUACAGGAUCGAGAUGACAUUGGGAUGGGCAAAGUGAUACAGCUGAACCAGGAGCUGUCCUCGCGACUUCAGCAGUACGAGGUUUUACUAGAGCAGGUCCGUAUCGACAAUAUGAUGAUGCGGGAAAAGCUCCUACAGAUGGGGGUGAAUGUUAUGGAUCUCACAAAAGCAAGCUACCCUGGUGGCAACUGUAAACUGCUGUGCAGCCCAUCGGGAUCGCCACCGCAGCGGUCGCCGUCGGAGACACCGGGGGCAGCCCUGUUGGCGGGCUACGCUGCACACAUGUUACACUCGAGUAUGCUGCAGCAGUAUGCCGGGCUGUCAGGGGUGUCGGCAGAAAGAUACAUUAAAAAAGAACGGGAUGGAACUUGAAGGACUAUUAGAUCUGUUUUGUGGGAUUAAUAAUUACCAGUGUUGUUUGGUUCUUACGUAAUAUGAGUAUAUUGAGUUGUAUACGUUUGUUGUAAAGUGAUUGUUAAAGAUGACUAUUCAUGGUGUAAUUAUUAUGUCGUUGCAACAUGGCACUUUUCAAUUCUGGAGUAGAACUACACUAGGAUUUUCUAAUUGGAAUUUCAUCGAGGGUGGUCUUGUUUUAGCUAGUUACUAGUUCAAAAACUGAGUUCUAUUAUGUCUGUGAUGUUUUUAGAUUCAUGCACUUAGUUGCACUAUAGAGGUUAUGCCUGCUGUGUUAUGUUUGCUCGUGUUUAACGAGUUUCAAUGACCAAGUAUGGAUAAGAAUGUCAAACGUGAUUUGAAAAACUCUUGAGGGAAUAUUUGAAGGCGUUUGAAGGUCAAGUGAAGUUGAUAGUAUAACAGUGUAAAGUUGCCAUAACAACCAUUUGUAACUGCUGCUUUCUGUCAUGUACUUGCACCAAAUUCGUGUUUUUCUAGUACCGUAAAUUGCUUAAAUUUUGUGAGGGUUUAAUUUUCUAAAUUUCUGACCAUUUCGCAUCGCAUAUAUUUCUGAACAUCUAUAACCAUGUUUACUGAAGCGAUUCAUAUGAUAGUUAGGUAGCAAAUUUCAAACAUUACGAAAAUUGACAAAAUCAUGAAGAAAGGUCACAAUCUUUAAGCAAUUAAAAGUACACUUUGUUAUUUACAGAAUCAUAAAACUAUAUCAUUGUUGGUGUUUGAUAUGCAAGUUCUAUUUGUGAAUAUAGAGUCAUGUUACAUUUGUGCUAAAAAUGUUGCAAAAGUCGGCCAUUUUGUCCAAUUACAGUUACGAAUAACUGACAAUUAAUCAUGUCAAUAUUGUGCUGUUAAGUGAAUAUGCUGUACAAGAAUUGAUGUUUCUCGGAUGUGUUUUAAGACUUAAAAAGCUUAGCUUUGCUGUUAUUCUGUUUUGAAAGUUUACUCUUCAAGAGUCAAUAACAUGGGGGUUUGCCAGCUUUGGCUUUAGGCUGACAGAAAAGGUGACAUUUUGUCUAAGUGAUGGUUUUGUUUUCAUAGUUGCUAGAUUGGAAAAGACCCUGUUAUCCAAACACAAGCAAAACAAGCAAUGUUGAUCAUUUUAGACUAUUUUAAAGGCUAUCUUCAACGCAGCUCAGUUGCAGCUCAGUCGUUUAUGCGUGAAUUUUUUUCUCAUUUUCUCUGACAAGGCUUGGUCUUGUGCAGUUUGACGCCAUGUUAACUUUUGGUACCAUUUGAAAUGUUAUCACAAGAUGAGCAAGAAAAUAUAUAAAAUAUGCCGUAAGUAAUCACAAAUGCUCUUUUGACCUGGAAAGAUUGCAAAAUAGGCCAGUUUCAGUGGCAAAUAUACAAAUUACAAUUAUUUUCCCAUAAUGUAGUUUUGGCCAUUUAUUUAACAUAAAAGUUAUCAGCAAGCAUUUCGGCCAUUUAUUUUACAUAUAAGUUAUCAGCAAGCAUUUCGGCCAUUUAUUUAACAUAAAAGUUAUCAGCAAGCAUUUCGGCCAUUUAUUUAACAUAUAAGUUAUCAGCUAGCACUACGCUUUCAAAUGAUACCAAACAAUAUAUGGCAUCACCAGGCACCAAAAUUAAACAUUAUGGUCAAUGGCUCAAUAAGAUUAAAUAUAUUUGCACAAUGGAUACCUGAAAAUUUAUUGUCAUCAUCAACUCACUUGACUUUAUAUGCUGCACUGCCAUGGUCAUUAAGUAAUUGUAAGUUAUUGACCGCAUUCAUAAGUACCUUCCAUUUCAUGUAAUAUACAUAUUGUGUAAAUUCAUUCACUGCUUGAUGUGGUAUAAUGAUGUAAGAAUCAACCAAUCAGAAGGUUUCAUCUCAUUUAUAACAUUGUUGAUAACAUUUGAUAAAGUUACAGGAAUCGAUUCAUCUAUAUUUUCAUUAAAUUUUCUUGCAUAGCGAAUAAUGAUGUUAAUUUGAACAAAAUGUUAUCAUAUAAGUAUUGUAUGAAGUAGUCUGUGUUUUCAACUGUUUGUAAACGCCGAAAGUAAAUAAUGUCACAUUUUGCAGCUAGUAAAAUCAUUGUAAAAAAAAUUGCUUCUGUGUAUUAAAUUGUGUUGUUGGUUAGAUAUAAAUAUUAUAUUAUUUGUUAUAUUUGAUCUGUUUGUUUAAAAAUUGUUGAACUUAAGUGCAUAGAUGUAUAUUGAAAUUAUUUAGGGUUAUGAGAAGUGCUUACUUCUAUUUUAAAGCUGUACUUAAAGGCUUGAAAUUAUGAGAAAUUGUUUUUAACGGGUUAUUUUUUUCAUAUUAUGCUGUGCAAUUUUUUUUCACUCUUCAUUCGUAUAAAUUGUAUGGCCUAUAUCAUUUUUAUGGAAAUAAUACAAUUUAAUUAAGAACUCUUUAACAAAAUCAAACUCUUGCUAUAGUGUGAUUUUUAUAUAUAUAUAUAAAAUUUGCUUUCGAUAUAUGUAGACGGUGACUUCGAAGCAAAAUGGCAAAAAAGUCCAGUCAAUAUAAAUUCUUGUCUAGUUUGUUUAAAUAUUCUGUGUUCUCAUAGCUGAAACUUCAUGAAAACCAUAUUUAGUUCGACAGUGAUAAAGUAACAUUGGGUGGAUUGUUCAGAACUUUGUUAAAAGUAACAACAUGAUUAACGACUUUUUGAUGUGGAAUAUUUCAUGAUGUGCUCACUAUUUUAAUAUAAACAAGUAUGGAUAAAACAGUUGUGUCAAAUCUUAUUAGAAAUACAGCAAAUUACAAGUGUAUCCUUUAAACUUCUAGAGCAGUAACAAUUUCAAAGUUUACAACGAUGACGUUAUCAGCAUUGUUAGCAUUAACAAAGUUCAGAAUGAUCAGCACUAUGUCAGCUUGCAAUUCAUAAAAAAUAAAAAACCCACAGGGCAUGUACCUACCUGCUGAGACAGUAAGUCAGCAUUUUCCUGCUUAAAGAGGAAUUUUAUGUGAUUGGGUUUUCUUCUUUAUUUAAAAACAAACCAUUGCCUGAAGAAGUCAAUUUUCAAUAGCAUUAAAAAAUUUUUUUUGGCAAAAUAAAGCAUUUUCUGUCUUACUUUAAAAUAUAUGUUAACAACAGACACUUUAUUUUAUAUUGGUUGAUAUUUUAUCAUUAUUACAGGCGUUAAAUGCUGGAUGAUGUAUUUAUCUUGACUGGGCUUUUUGUAUCAGGCAAAAGCAUUUUACCCGCAAAUACCUCAAAUUGAUUGGUUGUUGAAGUGAAGUUCGCUUGUGACAUAAUUUACAUACGUUCAUUGAAUGACAUUUUUUUUCUUGGAAAACUUUUUCACCAAGUGAGAAAUUUGCAUGAUAUUGCUUUGUAGUUUGUUAAAUAUCUUUCACCCGGUUAUCUCUAUGUGUCAUAUGUAAUUUUUUGUUGAAUUUUGACUCUAUAAUAGGGCAUUUCCUGUCGUUUUUGUAUGAGUAAACAAUUUUUUGUGGCGCAAACUUAUAUUUGGUAGAAUUUCAUAUGUUCAUGUUUUUCAUUAAAAGUUUGUAUCUAGAAAAGAAAGCUGUUUUGUUUGCUGUAUGAAAACGUAAAAAAAAUAUCCCAAUAUUGUGAAAAUACUUUGUGAAAUGACAUUUUUUCAAGGCCAGUAUGUUUUUUGUCUCGUAAACUGUUACUUAAAUUCAUUUUUACAUAAUAAGAAUUAAUACCCAAGGAAGUCUGCCUAUUUUGUUUUAUGCUUGUGAAAUUCAAAUAAACUGAAAAAAUUGAAGUUUAAGAAUUAAUGUUGUGAACAAUUGAAAUCAUAAAAUGUUGUUAUUUAUUUAAGCUCAUUAUAUUAUUGAAUUAAGAAUGUAAGAAAAAAAUAAUUUAAUUCUUCGCAAACGAAGUUUAAGUUUUAAACUCCUGCAUUUUUUUUGUUUCAAAAUAUUUUUAUUAGAAGGAUUCCACUGAAUUCUUAGACAAGAUUCGUUUUGGCUGAACAUGAUGAGGUCCAUGCAAAACUGAAAAGAAAAUCAUGUGACUAAAAUAUUUGUGAAAUUGUCAUAAAAUUCCCGAUUAUUUUUACUCCAUUUGCCGUGUAAGACCUCUGAUAUUUGUUGGUGCAUAACUGUUUUAACCCAUUAAGAAACACAGAGGUACAACCACUCAUAUUGCUUCUAGUUUAACUACAGGGGGUCCCAACAACCUACCUUCGCUAGCUGGUAGUUCUGAAGGAGUUAUUGGGUUUAUAUUCAGGUCUUCCUUAAACACCAUAUUGGCAGCAUAACACAAACAUUUGUAUACAAAUUACCGUAAUUGUUAUAAAUAAUGUAUCUGGAAAAUGACUCUUCAGAAUUUAAGAACGACUGGAUAAAGUUAUGUAGAGUUCUAAGGGGGAAAAUGUUUCUAAACUAAUUGGAUCAUUUUCGUGAUGAUUAAUAUUUGGACCAGUGUUUAGUUUCCAGGUACUUGAUUUGUAACAAUUACGGUACCUUGUAUUAAAUUUGCCAUUAUCCCACAGCAGCUAUAUGUUUAUGAAUUUUAAAGAAUAUUGUAGGAAAUGUGAACUGUUUGUUAAAGAUACCAGGGUGCAGGGAUGGUUAAAUUCUGGGUCCUGUUUCAAUAAGAUAUCUUAGUCGUAAAACUUCCGCUGCUUAAGAGUACUUGUAAAGUUACCAGCAGUAUAUAUGGGAUAAAUGUCCUUACGAUACGCAGUUACGCCAAAAAUUGAGUUGCGCAGCAUAGAAAAAUACAAUUUUAAGCCAUAAUAUCUUGAUUGAAACAAGCCUUAAGAUCUUGAUUGAAACGGGCCUUCAGAUCUUGAUUGAAACGGGCCUUUAGAUCUUGAUUGAAACAGGCCUUAAGAUCUUGAUUGAAACAAAGCCUUAAGAUCUUGAUUGAAACAAGCCUUAAGAUCUUGAUUGAAACGGGCCUUAAGAUCUUGAUUGAAACAAGCCUUAAGAUCUUGAUUGAAACAAGCCUUAAGAUCUUGAUUGAAAUGGGCCUUAAGAUCUUGAUUGAAACAAGCCUUAAGAUCUUGAUUGAAACAAGACUCAGGAUUAAUACUGAAAUCUUGAUUGAGAGCUAAUCACUUUUAUACAUUAUUUAUUUAUUUAUUUAUUUGAUAGACAUUUUUGUUUUACAAUAACAAAAAAGUACUUUCAAAGUAGUUUAUAUUAAUGGCUUGGUAAACAAUUUCUACUGCGGUCUAACCCUAGUUUGGGCUUAAAGCCUCGUACUCUAAGGUUUCAGGAUCAGAUUUUCAGUAUUUGAUUAUCCCGGCGGAGACAAUAAAAAUGAAUAUGAAAUUAAUCUCUGAUGGUAUGAAAAAAAAUGUGUUACAAAUUUUAUUCAAUGAUGCUGCAUAAAUAAUGAAUUGAUUUGAAUUAAUUUUUUAAUCACAUUGUGGUGGCUUCUUUCAUUUUUAAAUUUCUGCACAUUGUUGUUUGUUUAAUGAUUACUUUUAUAUUUCAAACUUGCAUCAAAAACCUGGACCCAUAAAAAAAAACAGUUUUGUACAGGAAGCAUGUUUUGAUAUGGACAAUGAUAUGAACUUUGUGUUUACACUUUAAAUCAAAUGUGUAAAAGAAAUUUAGGAUUUCAUACAAAUUAUAAUUAUAAUGACUGUUUUGUUUUUUUUGUUCAUCUCACACACAAGAUGAUUUUCUUAAUUUAUUUGCAAAAUAUCUUCCAUUUGUUGACAGUAUAAAUAUAUGUGUCCAUUUCACACCACACCUUUGUUUUCAUAUUGUCACUAAUUGUGUUUCGACACUAUUUUCAUAGUAAGCCAGUAUAUAUGUAUAGUUCAAUUUUCUGUUAUUGAUAGGUCAAAAAUGAGGCUAACAUUGUUAUUCUGUGAAUUUGUUGAAGGCAAGGAUGUUUUUAUCUUACGGUACUUUCUAUCCAACAGUGAUGGAACUAAGUUUGGUGAAAUAAGCAUACAAACCAAUUGUUAAGACCGGGAAGCAUCGUAAGUCUUGCUCGAACUUAAGGUUUUCUGAAUUUAAGUAUUUCACUGGUUAUCUGGUAUAAAAACUUCUGGAAUACUUUAUUUUCAUUAACUUUAUUGAAAAUACAUACUUUUGUGUUAAAAAACAGUUAUACAUUUCUUUUAAUUUGACUACAAACAUUUUAAAAAAUUAACUUAAGUUAGGAAAUGGCUUCAUAUGUUUAAUGAAGAUUUCGAUAAAUCAACUUAAGUUAGGAAAUGGCUUAAGAUGCUUAAUGAAGACUGGCCCAGCUUAAUAUGAUUGUAUACAGUAUAGACUAUGCUUUCCUCAUUUUCGAUGAUAUUGUUGUUGACUUUCUUUUCAAUUGUACACUGGACACAUACACUAUAUGUAAACAAUAAGUACGUACGUUUUAGUUCACGUCUUGUUUUGUUGACAGGGGUGAUUUGACACUUGUGUUUUUAUCUCUUGUUCAGUACUAGUUUCUGACAUUGAAGAAAUAGGUAGUCUGAUAAGCCCCGUCUAAUACAGAAGUUUUGUCCCUUAUACUAUAUCAGUAUAAUAUUUUAAUAAGUUAAGUAUUUGACUUUUUGUUUGAAAAGGGAGGCAACAAGUUUUACAUGUUUCAAAAAUAUGUAUUUAAAUGUUAUAUUUCAUUCAAAAAAGCAUUUCAAAAGUCUUCCAAAAAUUUUGCAACAAUAUAUUCAUAAUCUUUUUGAAAUGAAAGAAUAACACAAUAGUGGAAAUGGUAGACCAAUUUCUUCAGUGCCAGAAACAGCUGUUUUAUCUGUUAUACAGUAGUCUUUUUAUUUCUCCGGUGACAUUGAAACAAGUGUGUGGAAGUCAUUGUUUCCUUAAUAAACUUUCAUAAGCUUA